GCCAAAAGCCUAAGCUUGGGCAAGCUCCAAACACCACUUGGUAUUUUCCCCCUGAAUUUAUUUCCGGCCAAAUUCAGCUCCUCAAGCCCUCCACACUUGGAAAUAUUCGCAGGAAUCCCUCCUUCGAGCCCGUUUCUCGAUAAAUACAACAUCUUGAUACUCGAAAAAUCUCCACACACAUCGCUCGGGAGCUCGCCCGACAGCAUGUUGCCUCUCAUAUCAAUUGUCUCGACUGACGACGAGACCGUUACGAGCCGGCGCAAGUUGGUGAAAAUCUCGGGCCGUAUUGGGCCCGUGAAGUUGUUGGAGCUGAGAUCCAAAGUCCGGAGGAAGGUCAGGUUGCCGAGGUGCGGGUCGAGUGGGCCCACGAGCCCGAGGCCCGAAAUCGUGAGGCCCGUGACCCGUUGGUGUUUCGGGCCGCACGAGACCCCGGCCCAAUGGCACGGGGAGGAGCUCGCGGACCAGUUGGCGGGCCGCGUGAGGGUCCGAGACGACGGCAUUUCGGAAGGCGAGGAGUGCGUGUUGGUCCGUGGUAAGGUCGAAGAUCGG